AUGGCCAACGACGUGUUCGUGUCCAGCUGCGGCGGCAGUCCGCCCGGACCAGGGUUCGGUACCGGGGACCGGGAUGAUGCGGCGCAGGAUGGACACCUGCCGCUCGGAGGCGGGGACCCGCAGCAGUUAUCCCAGGACUGCUUGAUGCUGGGCCUGGCUGCCUCUGCCUACCUGGACAUGGACCAGGACUUCACCGACAGCGACGGCAGCUUCACGACCAAGAAGCGGAUUCGAUCCAACAGCUCUCGGCACCGCGGAGAGAUCGUCACUGAGCUGGGCCCGGAGGAGGUCCGGUGGUUCUACAAAGAGGACAAGAGAACUUGGAAACCGUUUGUUGGACACGACUCUUUACAAAUCGAGAGGGCUUACCGAAGAUUUUCUGAACAAAACCCCGAGAAGGCCCACAGGCCGGUCCGACCCGCCGAGGAGGCCGUACUUGCUGAGAUCCAGGAGGACAGCUGGGACGAACCGGCGGUGCAGCGGGCCAACAGUCAGCAGCGGCCGGCCAUAGAGGAGAGGAAAGACCCGGGGAACGUCCAGAGCAGCGUGGAGGCGGUGUGUGUGAGAGGCGGGCUGUAUGAAGUGGACAUCCGGGAGAAGGAAAGCUACCCUGUUUACUGGAACCAACAAGAGCGUAUUCCUGUGAUGAGGGGCCAGUGGUUCAUCGAUGGAACAUGGCUCCCCCUGGAGGAGGAUGAGAGUGACCUCAUAGAACAGGAGCAUCUUUCCCGUUUCCGAGGGCAACAGAUGAGGGACACAUAUGAGCUGGAGGCAGUGACCACCACAGUGGACAGCAAGGACGCCAUCUACAGUCUGAAGCUGAGCAGGAAUCACGUGGACUGGCACAGUGUGGACGAGGUGUACCUGUACAGCGAUGCCACCACCUCCAAGAUCGCUCGCACCGUCACUCAGAAACUAGGCUUCUCUAAAGCCUCAAGCAGUGGGACGCGUCUCCAUCGGGGAUAUGUAGAGGAAGCAGCGCCUGAGGACACGCCACCGGAGACCACUCACAUCGUCUUCGUGGUGCAUGGGAUCGGCCAGAAGAUGGACCAGGGGCGCAUCAUCAGGAACACCAGCAUGAUGAGAGAUGCUGCCAGAAAGAUGGAGGAAAGACAUUUCUCUGAUCGCACCGCUGAGCAUGUAGAGUUCCUUCCUGUGGAAUGGAGAUCAAAACUUUGCCUGGAUGGAGACACGGUGGACUCCAUCACACCUGACAAAGUCCGAGGUCUCAGAGACAUGCUGAACAGCAGCGCCAUGGACAUCAUGUACUACACCAGUCCUCUGUACAGAGACGAGAUCACCAGGGGUUUGACUCGGGAACUGAACCACCUAUAUUCACUCUUCUGCUCGCGGAAUCCAAACUUUGAGAAAAAUGGGAAGGUGUCCAUCGUGUCCCACUCGCUGGGCUGCGUCAUCACCUUCGAUAUCAUGACAGGCUGGGACCCCGUGCGCUUUCACCACCAGGAAAUGUUAGACCCAGAGGAGAUAAAGGUCCGCUGGCCCAGUGAGGAAGAGCGUCACCUUCAGGAGCAGCUGAGACUGAUGCGUCUCAGUUUGAGGGACCUGGAAGACCAGUUCCAGGGUCUGCAGACCUCAUCUUGUGUUGCAGUGCCAGCUUUAAAGUUCAAGGUAGAAAAUUUCUUCUGCAUGGGUUCACCUCUGGCCGUGUUCUUGGCGCUGCGAGGGAUCCGACCUGGAACCAACAGCGUGCAGGACCACAUCCUCCCAACAUCCAUCUGCAAGCGUCUCUUUAACAUCUUCCAUCCUACAGAUCCUGUGGCCUACAGGCUGGAGCCUCUCAUCCUGAAGCACUACAGUAAUGUUGCUCCAGUUCAGAUCGACUGGUACAACACCACCAGCCCAACUCCAUACGACCAGAUCCGGCCCCUGCUGCUGAACCCCCUGAAGGAGGCCAGUUUUGUCUCCGAUUCAGAGAACAUCCCAAGCCCCUGCAUCUCCCCGCCCCAAACCAGACGGCACUAUGGAGAAUCCAUCACCAGCCUGGGCAAGGCCAGCAUCAUGGGCGCCGCCAGUAUCGGAAAAGGAAUCGGAGGAAUCCUGUUUUCCCGCUUUUCCCGUUCCAGUGGUCAGGUGGGUGGAGUUGAUGAAGAGCCCUCUGACUCUGAGGGGGUUCCUUGUGAAGUGGAAAACUUGGCAUCUGGAGAUGAAGGAAUGAUGAUGACAGAGAGCGAGGAAAAGGACAAAGAAAGAGAGGAUGACAGAGAGGAAGAGGAGUCAACCCCAGCUCUGAUGGACAGCACUUCCUUGGAGCUGGAGCGACGCAUUGACUUCGAGCUGAGAGAGGGUUUGGUGGAGAACCGUUACUGGUCAGCAGUCACCUCCCAUACCGCCUACUGGUGCUCUUACGAUGUGGCUCUGUUUCUUCUCACCUUCAUGUAUGGACCCCAGGAACCGGCCGAACCUGCAGAUGAGAACCAGGAUGCCUCAUAGCGUCCAUGUCCAGCUGGAUCAGUGGUGUCCUCUCUGGCCCCAAUAAUGUCUCAGUCAUGGUGAAGAUUCAAGAGGAUUUUCUCUGAUUUUAUGAACUGGACAGAGAAUCAGAAUCUUUUAGUCAGAUUUCUGACUAAAAGAGGCAUCUUCAGAAUUUAAUAACACAUCUCUGAAUGGCUCACUUUCAUCAUCUCCCUCUACCUCUGCUUUAAGAUUCUGAUUCUCUCAGUGAUGAACUUGCAUGUGACACAAAGUCCACCCAAUGUGAUGCUGAAGUCUGGCCAUCAUUUCUAAUGAUACACUUACCACCCGGAUGCAGCCUGAAGGAUCCUGAAGAAGUGUAAAGGACCCAUGCCACCCUGGAUUUAUGUAUUAGUUUUCUAAAGUUGACCUCUGUUUUUCUCUACACAUAUUCUCCUUUUCUCUACCUAUUCUCUUUUUUUCUACAUAUUCUGUUUUUCUCUACAUAUUCCCCGUUUUUCUCUAC